AUGUCCAGCCCGGAACUCAGACUCGCCAUUGGUACGGCCGGCUUCCCCGGCCCCGAGAAGCUGCAGCCCGCCCUCGACGCCAUCAAGGCAGCCGGCAUCAAGGAGAUCGACACAGCCGAAAUGUACGGCACCAAUGAGACCGAUCUAGGGGCUGUGGGAGCUGCAGAGAACUUCAUCAUCUCCACAAAGAACCCAGGCGGCUGGGUCCCAGGCAGCCUGGUAGAGAUCACCAAGCGGUUCAACGAGUCCCUGGACAAGCUCAAGACGAAGCAGGUCGACAUCCUGUACAUCCACGGGCCAGACCGCGACGUGAGCCUGGACGACUGGGUGCCGCAGGUCAACGCGCUGCACGGCGAGGGCAAGUUCCGGCGCUUUGGCGUCAGCAACUUCUCGCCCGAGGAGACGCGGGCGCUGCACACGUACGCCAAGGAGAAAGGGUUCGUGCUGCCGACCGUGUACCAGGGCAACUACAACCCCGUGUCGCGGCACAUCGACGACACGCUGUUCCCCGUGCUGCGCGAGCUGGGCAUCGCCUUCUACGCAUACUCGCCCGUGGCGGGCGGGUUCCUGACCAAGACGAAGAAGGCGCUGCUGGAGGGCACCGCCGACGGGCGGUUCAAGGCUGAUCACGAGAACCCCGUCGCCCAGUUCUACAACAAGCUCUACAACAAGCCCAGCCUGCUCGAGGGCCUCGGCCGCUGGGAGGGGCUCGCUGAGCAGGAGGGCGUGCCGCGCGCCGAGCUCGCGUACCGCUGGGUCUACUACCACUCUGCGCUGAAGCCGGACCUGGGCGAUGCUAUCAUCGUGGGUGCCAGCAAGCCGGAGCAGAUAGUGCAGACGGUCGAGGGCAUUAAGAGGGGUCCGCUUAAGCCCGAGGUUGUCAAGGGUAUUGAGGACGUCUGGCAGAUUGUCAAGGACGAUGCCAUCGUUGAUAAUUUUGUUGCUGCGGGUGGUAAAGCGCCUGGCGUCCCCACGAAGUAA